AGCGAUUUAGAGCCGAGCAGUCCGUCUGUUGAGCGGACACAGAGGGAAAAGUUGGUCAAGAUGGCAAAUCAUGCAGAGCCGGAGUGAAAGGGCGCUGCUGCCCCUCUGAAGACUUAAAACAAGCUGCGCCUGUAUUUCCUCCUGAAGGGGAAUCCAGCGAUGCAAACUGCGCCAGAAGGCCUGAGAGGGAUUCCCUGAAGAAAAAUGCAAGAGGCUGAAGCUGAAGUGAGACAGCUUGAGCUGGAAGAGAGCUGACUCAUCAAAUAUCAUUCCCUCCCUGUUCCACCAAGCAGCCAGAAACAGCUCAGAUCCCCUAAUGUCUGCUUAGAGAGGACCUCUCACCCCCUCCCAUCUUUCACUCUCACCCAAGGAGAUUAUUAGAAGGAGAAGGUGCAGCAGUGAUCUAUCCAGCGUCUGGGACGUCCCAUUGUAACCGCUCAUUCACCUCAGCUUCCUCCUCCCUCCCCAUCACAAUUGGUGCUUCUCCAUCCCUCACGCCUCACAGACCAUGAUGUUUCGGGAUCAGGUGGGCGUGCUGGCCAGCUGGUUUAAGGGAUGGAACGAGUGCGAGCAGACCGUGGCUCUGGUGUCCCUGCUGAAGAGAGUGAGCCGGACCCAGGCCCGCUUCCUGCAGGUCUGCUUGGAGCACUCCCUGGCUGAAUGCACGGAGCUGCAGGUCCUGGAGGGAGAAGCAAACAAUCCAGUUCUUAUCAGUCAGUGGCAAAGUGAACCAAAGGAGCGCAUCAUCUCGCUGGUCCUUACCCACCUCCCUCUGCUGAAACCGGGCAACACGGAAGCUAAGAGCGAGUACAUGCGUCUGCUGCCCCGCAUCCUGGCCCACACCAUCGAACAUGGCCACCACCUGGAGGAGUCCCGCCAGCUUCUGUCCUAUGCUCUAAUCCAUCCCGCCACCUCCUUGGAUGACCGUUCCGCUCUGGCGCUCUGGCUGAACCACUUGGAGGAGAGGGCUGCUGCGAGGGGGGAUUCCCUAGAAAGGCCCCCUCCCGCCUCUGGCCCCCACCAUCAUCAGUCCACACCUUCUUCCACCCUCUCCUCAUCAUCCUUGUCUUCCACAAACUCUUCCUCGUCCGGGAACCUGUACAACCUGCACCACCACCAGCGUUAUGGCUCAGACGAUCGUCUCAACGGGUGGCAGAACUCUCGCGAUUCAGGAAUCGGUGGAGGCUGGCACCAGCAGCAGAGCUGUGAGAACGGACACCUCUCUCUUUACCCAUCGUCCUCAGUGCCAGCAACCAUCAACACAGUUGGAACCAGUGGUGGAAGCAACACGAUUCUUACAAGUGGAGGAGGAAGUCAGCAACACAGUCCCCUAAAGCGCUCCGUGUCCCUUACGCCUCCUAUCAGUGGCCCCAACAACCAGCCUCUGGGCCACGUCUGGCUGUCCCAAGAGGACCUUCGGACUAGCAGAGGCCCUGCCCCCGACCAUGCUCCCCUCUCCCCUCAGAGUAGCAUUGCCUCCUCAGGCAGUGGGGGCAGCGAACAUCUGGAUGAUGCUGGUUUAGGAGGCAGUUCAAGUCUUCAUCGCAAUUCGUUCCAUGAGGACGGCAGCGGGAUGAGGGAUGUUCCUGCUUGGCUCAAAAGUCUGCGUCUCCACAAGUACGCUGCGCUCUUCUCCACAUUAACCUACGACGAGAUGAUGUCACUAACGGAAGAACAACUAGAAGCACAGAAGGUCACCAAAGGAGCUCGACACAAGAUUGUAAUCAGCAUUCAGAAACUCAAAGAGAGGCAGAACCUCCUUCGCAGCCUGGAAAAGGACGUCUUAGAGGGUGGAAAUCUACGCACCCCUCUUCAGGAGCUCCACCAGAUGAUCAUAACCCCUAUUAAGGCCUUCAGUGGAGGGGAAGAGUCAUCUUUGCAGCGUAGCGUUAUGAAUCCUGAGACGAAGCGUUCAUCCGACUCCAAUCUCUCUGGAGGGGGUGGAGGUGAAGCCGAGUCUGGUGCUAGUGUCAUCGCUGAGGGGGAUCUACCUGGUCAGUUCACUCGUGUCAUGGGCAAAGUUUGUACCCAGCUCCUUGUAUCGCGGUCAGAUGAAGAUAACUUCAGCUCCUACCUGCAGCUGAUUGAUAAAUGUCUCAUCCAUGAGUCCUUCACAGAGACACAGAAGAAGAGGCUGUUGUCUUGGAAACAACAGGUCCAGAGGCUUUUCCGGUCCAUUCCACGGAAAACACUCCUUGACAUUGCAGGGUACCGACCUCAGAGGAGUCGUUUUGGUCAGUCAAACUCUCUCCCUACUGCAAGCUGUGUUGGAGGCAGCGUGUCAGCCAGGAGGAGUCUCCACCAGUUCCACAUGCCUUCCAGGAGUUUGCCUGGGGCCAGGCUUGGUCUACUGGGCAGUGGAGGCUUGCUGGGACCCACGCCUCGCAGCUCCAGCAGCACCCCAACUGGUCCCAAGCAGGGGAGACAUGGUCCAUGGUUCGCCAACCCUGGAGGAAGUAACAGCAUGCCCAGUAGGAGCCACAGCUCUGUACAGAGGACGCGUUCCCUGCCGGUCCACACCACGCCACCAACCAUGGUUACGUUCCAACAAGCCGAUCAUCAGUUUCCAGUGACGGAGCCGGACAUAAACAAUCGUCUGGAGUCCUUGUGUUUGAGUAUGACGGAGCACGCUUUAGGAGAUGGCGCUGAUCGCACAUCAACAAUAUGAGAUAAUCAGGAUGCAACGGGUUCUCCUAUAAGCCACCUGAAGAUCACUGGUCCUCCCCCUCCCCCCCUCCUUGUAGCUGAUGGUAGAGCUCAACCAACGGAGCAGGCAGGACCUAAGAGACGCACACAGGCUGAUUGCAAACGGCUGACACAACCCAUCAUCCUUCGGGUCGGAAUAAAAGAAACUACCUUCCUGCUCUGCCAGCAUGCUUGGUCACUGAAUCUGCAGUUGGAGAAAGUAUUAAAACAAACGUUGGACAGAGCAUGAACAUAGCCCCCCCGGCUCCACACACCUGUGGAGGCUUGUGGAAGGGAGACGAUGGCCUGUGGAUCAGGUCUCGGUAGGACAUCAUCUGGCGCAACGACCAGAUCAACAUGGUGUCUUUGGCUUCAUUAACGUUACCUCAGAGUAAGACGAGCAGAGCAGCGACGAUGCAGCGGGACGUUUGGCGAUUCUUGGACUCAUUUCAGAGAGGUCUGAACAUUCUGAGCAGAUGUUUGUAGAAGUGAGCAUCACAUCUCUCCAAGUAUUCAGCUGAUAACAUGUAUCCACAUGACGUGUCUGUAUUGUUUACAUGAAGAUGCUACUGUCAGAGGGUACAGAGACAUGUAUUCAUAUAAGGUAGUUACGUAUGGAAAGCUUUACAUCCCACAAGCAGCCAUCAAACUAGUUUUCAAUGAAUGUCCUUGUUCUUUAUCUUAGCUUCUUAAUAUAAGGAAAACAAUGCUGACUAGUGCUGAUCUUUUAGCUAAGAGAAUGAUGGGAGGAAGUGGAGCAGACAUGGAGGAAGGUGGUUCGGAGAAGGACGUAGAAUGUGGUAGAGGAAAGAAAUGAGCUGAAGUGAUGCUAAGAGGGGAAGCGGAUGUUUUAAGAGGCAGGACCUCUGAAGAUGACGGAUGGGGAUGAUAUCGUGUGAGUGAGGGUAGAAGGAAGUGGAUAAGUUGUUUUCAUUCAAAACUUGUUCUCUGAACUAAAUCUUUUCAGGCAAAUCUAAACAGGGAAAGGGAAUGUCGAUGUAUUUCUAACUGGGGAAACGAUCCAGGCAUGUUGGGGUGUUGGGUUCUCUAAAACAGGGUGAUUUCUUUGAGCUGCAUGUGACAAAUGAAUAUUUGAGGAAAGGAAAAAGGUGAAAACUUAAUAGAAAGAGCAACCUGUCAAUCUAUGAAGGGUAGUUCUCCCAGAGAUUGUCUGAGUGCCUACCUCCACCUGCUGGUCAGACGCAGUCACUGCAGGGUAGAUACUGCUGGCAUGUUUAGAAGGAAAGGAUUGUGGGUGUGCCUGUAUCUUUGAUGAAUUAAUCAACAGAGGCCUUAAUAGGAUAUAUUUUCUUCAUUAUUAUUCUUUAAUCGAAUUUUCUGGUUGUUUCAUAUUAACGUUCAUCCCUAUGUGCUUCCAUCUGGAAAACAGAUACUUUAAGGCUAUGUUCAAAUAAGCUGGUUAGGUUGCUGGUAAGGUACCCAUGCCCUAAUCAAUUUCUAUAGUUUCUUAAUAAUUAGGGUUUUUUUUGUUUUGAUGUAAUUUAGUUGCAUUUAUUUUGUUUCCUGCACUUAAUAAUGUUAAACACUUAAGUCCAAAUGUUCCUAUGUUAAAGCAACUGGGCUGCUUAGGAGUUUUCAUUAGCCAUAAAGGAUUUCUCUUUGCCUAAACUUGAAGUCUCGAGAUAAAAAUACUUUUUAUGUAUCAUCAUCAGUAUUCAGGCUUUUUUGCGAGUCACAUGGAUCAAUGUGUCAAAAGAAAACCCAGAAACAAACCAGUGCUCUUAAAAAUGGCCGCAAACUUUGUCCUUGGUGAUCCAAUUGGACCUGGAUGUUGCUAAAUUGAGGUGUGAAAGCAUGGGAAGCAGUUUGUGAUGGAUCAUUUUGGACACAUUUUAUAUUAGUUAAGGAAUCCUGAUGCUGGACUUUGGGCACUGAUUGGGAAGACGUCUGGGGAGAGACCAUCAUUCUGAUUUAGAAACAGCCCAAAUCACUGUGUGUCAAAGUUAAAUAAUUAAUCAACCAACUUCCUAUGGGAAAAAAAGAUACUAUUAUGAGUUAAAAUUCAUCAAUAAAAAUAUUUUCAUCAGCUCUUAGUGAAGUUUUCCACUGCCAUCUUAUGUUAGUUUUGAAGCUAAUUUUAUCUGGUCCUUCAAUUGUAAAACCUGCCUAACCUUGAUGGAGCUGAAACCGUUUAAAUCAUUAGUUUGUCCAAAAUAGUGAUUUUAGUGUAGCCAGAAAUGGGUAACCUGAGGAGAUAUUAAUGCCAGGUUUGCUUUUCCCACUCGUAUAUGAAUUAGCAGGGAACACAUGUUCCUGCAUGGUCCUUUAAGAUACCUUUUUGCUGAUGAAGGCAGCUUCACUUAGUUAGUCUUUGUCCAAAAUACUUAAACAGAAACAAUAAAAAGCCCCAUUUCAUUGCAAGAAGAUACCCAGUUUGCCUUAAAUAUCACAAAUGACUUGACUACAAGGUUUAAACCUGUUUGUUUUUGUUUUUUUAAAUAUAUAGAUUAUCAAAAAUCAAACAAAAUCAAUCGUUAAAGGUUUGUUGUCAUCCCACUAUAUAUAAAGCAUAUAUAUCACACAGAGGAAUUAAAAACACUCUGCAGAACAAAGGAAACAAACAUCAGCAGAGAAGAACAAAUACCUACAUGGAAUGUGGCAUAUGGCAUUUACAGAAAGUGCAGCUUGUGCCUGAACAGUGUAUGAAAAAGGAUGGAGUGCUGCUUCAUUUUCGGCAGGGAUGUUUAGUAUCUGCCUGCAGGGGCGAUAGUCUUCAAAUCUUUUCCUAUUUGUUUUUGAUGCAAUGUUGCACCAUUAUCAAAUGGUUUGUUGUCUGGGUGGCUAAAAGCUGUAGCAACCAUCCUGGCCCUUUUCUUAACGGUUGUGCUCUAAAACUUAACGCUUUAACGGUGUUACAACUUGGCAUGUUUCUUGUAUUAAAGGGGUGAAAAUGUGCAGAAAGUUCCUUCAGAUCCAGAGAAACCCGACUAAUACUCCAGUCUGGAUCGGCUCACACACUACAUGUUAAAUGUUUAUGUUUUUUCACAUCGCCGGUUAAUCUGAAUUCCUAACCAUGAAUGGAUAGGAAACACGUUUCUGCCUUUUUGAAAAGAUCAGGAUCUCUUUAUAUUCUCUUAGCUUCACUGCCAUUUAUCUUUCAGUCCUAAAAAGUAGAAACAAUUUAUUUAUUUGCCUUUUUGUUUUCCAUGUUUCCUGCAGAGGUAAAACUGAUCUUUCAAGUGUUUUAUUAUUUAAAGUACUAUAAGUGUUAACAUGUUAUGGCUGGUGACCAUACAUACAUCUCAAAUAUUAACAUAGUCAUUUUCUUUGUACUUGUUUAUUUUUAUUGUUGAUCUGUAUUUGGGAUUUGUUUUUUGUUUUUGUUUUCAUAUUUGAAGCUUUGAGCGCAGCAGAGAGCUGAGUCGGCCAAUGGAAAGCCCUUCAACUUUGGGUUUUAGUUUGCAUUUAGACAGAAAAUAAAUCCAAGAUGAGCUGAGAUCUAUUGUUAUCAGCAAGAGUCCAGUUUGGGAGAGAUUUAAAUGUUAAACUCAAAACAGCAGAGGAAGUUUAGGACUAUUUUUAGCAAUGGAUUAACUCAAUUUGAUCAGUUGCAGAAGGGCAGUCUGUUUCAUUCAGGCAUGCAGUUGGUCAUCAAUUUGAUUUAUUUGCUAGAUAUAAUCAUAUUCCUGAUAGUUUUUUUUGCAUAUAAACAACAAAUUCUCUUUCAAAGAGACUUUAGGAACAUCAUUUGUUUUGCCACUUUCAUCAGGUGACAUUGUUUGAGAGGGUAGAAUGGUAUUUAUGGCUCCGCUGUGCAACAACUGGAGCUCAGGAUCAUUGAUCAUCUCUUCAACUAAAACCAAAUCAGCUCCGUUACUCUCCGCGCUGUGCACGCAAGCAGUAUUAAUGUUAACGCUUUGAUAUUCCAAAAGAAUUUAUUGUUUUUUCAUUUUUGAGACAUGCUUUUUUUUUUCUUUUUGUAGAUUGUGCAAAUCGGUUUUUAUUUUUUAAAUGCAAGGACUAUUAUUUUUUUUUUGUCUCUAGUUUUUUUUUUUUUGUAUGGAGAGAAAUCUUGUCUGUAACAAAGUUUUACUGCUUGACUGUGCUCCUUUUACUUCCUUUAGAUUUAUUUUAUCAAAGAGCCGAUGUCCUGUAUUGACUGCAGGCUUACUUAUA